AUGCAUCUUGUGCACCCGGACACCCCCGUGCUGACCGAAGUUCCUGCUUUGCCCGGCAUUGUGCUUUACCCACAACGGGGCCUCAACCAUGGGGAUGUUCUCCUGUCUGUGCAUGAACCCCGCUUCUUCGAAGAGCCCUCCUCCGAUGAAGCAGUAGUUCUGCCAGGGCAAGCAGCUGCAGCUGCAGCUACGCAACAACGCGGACCGCCUCCGCGAUUGCCGACCAACGCGCCCUCUGGCUGCCAAGUUAUGUGCAGAUCCCCUGAGCCCACCCUAGGUAGUGACAGGCCUGCAAGAGGUGCCCAGGCCGGCAGCCCAGGCAACCAAAGCACCAAGGUGAUGCAGCGUGUUGCGGAAAUCGAAGCUGCUAUCGCUGCCAAGCCCGCCCAGGGCGAGGCCACUCCUAGAGGUGCCUCCACCCUUGGCCCCUCCUCUAUGAGACCUUCUCCUGCCGCCAUGCGCUCGCUCCCGACGCCUUUUGGUCGACGUGUGCUUGCUCUGCCCAAUCCAGGUAAGCUGGACGAUACGGCUCAUCACCUAUGUCUGCCAAAGCCCACCCCGGAGGCCAGUGGCGACCACAAAGAGGCCCUGGCCCAGCACUCUAGCAACCCUAUCCCUGCGGAUCCAGAACCACCUGCGCCUCCCCUUGUGAUCCCGCCACUUGCACUCUGGGAGACUGCUUGGCACUCUGAGCCAGACUGCCCUGUCAAGGGGCCUGCUGCUGAUCUUCUCCGCCAGAGGCAUGAGCCAGGCCGAUGGUGUCCAGAUGCCAUCCACAUUUAUGUAGAUGGUUCUGCAGGGGACGGAAUGAAGCCAGGCUGGGCUGUUGUUGUAUGUGAAGCCUAUGCUUUUCCUCAUGCAGCCUGGGAGAAUGUGCUUGGCUUUUUCUCUGGCAACACCCAGGCCUUCGCUGUGCAUGCCCUUGCUGGCCUGGAAGACAACAUGGACAGUGAAACUGUCGCUCUGGCAGUGGCCUCCGCGUGGGCGGCGGCCUGGCCCCCAAACGUCCAGCUCCGCGUUUUCUGUGACUGCAAGGCCCUCACUGAUAUAGCCUUGGGCGUCGCAGAGCCUCACUCACAGCAAGCCACUGGACGUCUACAGAAAGCUUGCCGAUGCUUAUGGCAAACGCUGCAAAGACGCCCAAUCCCAGCUGUGCUUCACUGGCUCGCAAGCCACCAGGGUUGCCCGGGCAAUGAACUAGCGGAUCAGGUUGCUAAACAGGCCAGGUCUCUCGUCCAGCGUCCCCUCCCUGAAAGUCUCUUCGCACUGCUCAAGCACAGGCAGCUCCCGUGGCUUUGGCACCACAAAUUCCCUUCGCAGGCUCUCCCUGCCCUGCCGGCUCUGCAAUCCUCUGCCUACGAAGCCCCAGAUGUGGUGCCUCGCAACUGUUUCCCACAAGCACAAAUGCAGCAGCCGCGCCAAACCGAUGCCACCCUUACGCUGUCACUCUGCACCUUUAAUGUCCAAUCCCUGGCCAAGAAGAAAGACCUCUGUCGUGUGCAGUUCCAGCAGGAGCGGAUCCACGUGAUCUUCAUGCAAGAAACCCGCCAUCGUAGUGGGGGCACCUGUGCGGCGGAUGAUUACAUUGAGUUCCGCAGUCCAGCCGAGCGUGGCAACGGGGGAUGUGCCAUUUGGCUCAGCAAGCGCCUCCCUCACGGCCAGCUGCAGGCCAAGCAAGUCAAGAUCCUGCACCAGGACCCGCGCCGGCUUCUCCUCCGACUGAAGGCUGCUCGUCUUGACUGUUUUCUCUUCUCAGGCCAUGCCCCGCACUCAGGGGCCACUGAGUCCGUUGCAGACGGCUGGUGGCAUGAAACUAAGGCCAUCCUCCGUAAACAUGUUCAGCCGAAUAUUCCACUCCUCGCAGGCCUGGAUGCCAAUGCCCAGCUCGGAGAAAUCACAGGUCCAGCGAUCGGGGCACAUGCCCCAGAUCCGGAAACUCCCAAUGGCGAGCGCCUUCGUGAUUUCUGCGACAGUCACAGCCUGGCCUUACCUACCACCUUUGCCUCUUCCACGGGCAAAGUCCUUGCCAAAGAUCCAGAAGCCUUCACAUGGGUAUCACCUAACGGUGGCAAGCACCGGAUUGACUACAUUGCAGUACCUCAAUCCUGUCUUGAAGCCGUUGAAUGGCAAGGUGUAUGGCACAGCUUUGAAACUGGAGGUCCUGAUGAUCACCUCCCUGUUUGUGUCAAGAUGAGACUUCGGGCUGACGCCCAUCCUGACGUCACAUGCGGUUUCCCUCGCAUAGGGUUACGAUGCGUUGAUGAUGUUAGGCGGGCUGGUCUUGACCUCACCACACAUCUCACCCAAGCUGCGCAGAUCCCCUGGGAAACCAACGUGCAUGAACAUGUUGCUGCUCUUGAUGCAGCCAUGUGGCGAGCUGCUGCCCCAGCUACUGCAUCCAAACGCCCACGCAAGGCCUACCUUGAUGACACAGCCUGGGCCCUUGUUUGUGCCAGAAAGCAAGCCAAGCAGCGCGUCGUGCAUACUGCCAACAACCUCCACCGCACCAAGCUUUGCCUCUUCUUUCGCGCCUGGAAAUUUGCCCGCCUCAGCGCUUCCCCGGUCUCGCUAUGCACCCACAGACUAGCGCAGGCCCACCAUGCCUACUUCAAUGCGCUUGCUGAACAUCGCCGUCUAUUGCCUCUGCUGCGGAAGGCAAUUGAGUCUAGCAAAGCAGCGUACAUUGCCAGUCUGGCACAAAGGUUUGAGAAUGCUGCUAGGGAACAGGAUGCACGUGAGCUGUACCACGCGCUCAGGCACUUCAGGCCAGCCGGAAAAAAGGUCUUCAAGCCCUUUGGGCCCGCGGUCCCCCUCUGCGACGGAGAAGGCGCCACGGUUCAGACCCACUCCGCCCAACAAGAGGCUCAUAGACAACACUUCGAAAAGCAGGAGGCCGGCGAGAAACUUGAUCUCGACGAAUAUUGCUCAGCCGCUCCCGGCUUGCCGCCCAAAGGUGCCUGCACCAUCGCUGACCUCCCGUCUUUAUACGAUGUCGAACAGGUCAUUCGACGAGCAAAAGAUGGGAGGGCACCAGGCCCCAGCGGCGUUCCAGGCUGCAUGUGGAAGGCAGCUCCCCCCGCUGCUGCUGAAGCCCUGCUUCCCAUUUAUGUCAAGGCUAAUCUUCGCCUGACUGAGCCAGUCCAAUAUAGAGGCUGCAGACUGGUUGCCAUGCUUAAGAAGGCUUGCGCCACCGCGCGAGCAGACAACUUUAGAAGCAUCGCUCUCCUUGACCCUGCUGCAAAGUUCCUACACCGCCUCCAUCGUCCAACUCUUGUUGACGAGGUGCAGCACAAGGACCUCCCCCUGCUACAGGGAUGCGUGCCGGGUGGUGGGCCCGUUGCUCUUACACACAUCCUUCAGACGGCCCUCCAUACAGCCAAGCUCCGAGGCACUUCUGCUGCCAUUCUCUUUCUUGACCUCCGGUCAGCGUAUUAUCGCCUAGUCCGGCAGGCUGUUACUGGAGCUGAGGUCAGCGAUGCCGACCUCUGCCAGCUCCUCCACAGACUCGGAGUCAAGCCAGAGCACCUACAGGAUGUCACCAGAUAUGCGACCUCUGGCGGGAUGCUGAACCGGGCCAGCCCGCAUUUUAAACGAGUCCUCGCCUGCACCUUUCAUGCCACUUUCUUUGUCAUGGAUGACGUGCCCACCGCCACCACCACUAAGGCUGGAUCUCGCCCCGGAGAUGCUAUUUCCGAUAUCCUCUACGGACUUGCUGUUGCCGACCUCACUCUGGAAGUCAGGCAAGAACUUCGUGCGCAGGGCCUCCCAGAUGCCUAUAUGCCCACCUGGGCUGAUGACAUCUCGCUCCCUGUCACUGCGCCUGCAAGCUCUCUCCUGGAGGUUUCCUCUGUGGUGGCCACCACUCUCCAUAAUGCCUGUGUACGAAGAGCCAUGGCUCCGAACUAUGAUGCAGGCAAAACUGAGCUCCUCCUCGCUUGGCAUGGAGAAGGUGCCCGCAAACAUAGUACGGCCUGCUACCGCACCGGACGAGGACACAUUUCCCUCCGCACUACCCCCCCAGAAGAGCUUGCUUGUGUUACCCAGUACAAGCAUUUGGGUACCACUUUGCGCACUACGGGCGGUGUGCGCACUGAUCUAAGGAUCAAGUUUGCCCAUGCCCAGACGGUUGUUUCUCCACUGAUGCGACCGGUGUUCCGUCGUCAAACUGUGCCGCUAGAGCAGCGCGCAGUGCUCCUGGACACCCUGGCCAUAACUAGAGCUACCUAUGGAGUUGCCAUCUGGCAUCAUCUCAACCAGAGAGAUGAGGCACUCUGGUCGCACGGUCUCUCCAAGCUCUAUCGAGCCUUGCAUCGGCCGCGGAUUGUUGACGGCGCUCCCCACUUUCCCACGGCCUCGCUGAUCUGUUACCAGUCAGGGCGUCCUUGCCCCGUCAGCCAGCGUAAACUGCUGAUCCUCGAGCAUGCCCGUUUCCUGGGCGGACAGCAGCUGGAGCGACUGUUCGACCUCCUGCACGAAGAAGCAGAGCUCUCCGAGCACUCAUGGCUGGCUGAGGCUCAGACCGCCUUCGGAUGGCUGCAGGAGCUUGUCGGUCCACGCAUGGUCAAGCACGGUGUUACCGACCUCACUACCUUUCUUGACCACAGUCUUCACCGGCCUUCCCAGGUCAAGGGCUGGCUUCGAAAGGCUCGUCAUCUCUCUGCCAGACGAGCACCCGUUGACCCAGAUCCUGACGGGCCCUCCACCGCAACAGGGCAGACAGAAGAAGCCAUCGGACAUGUUGGCUGCGAGAUCUGCCACCAGCAGUUCCCGGAUGUCCACUCCGCCCGUGCCCACAUGUGGGCCAAGCACGGGCAUGGUACUCUUCUCUCGCAGCUGGCUCCGUCCACGCGCUGCCCCUGCUGUCUAACAGAGUUCUGGCGCCACUCCAGGCUGCUCCGGCAUCUCGCCCACGACCGGCCUAACUGCGGCCACCACCUGCUAGCGGCUCCACCAGCCCUCCUCUGCAGCCGAGUUCCCCCGGCUACCAGCCGCAGAGAAACUCUGCCCACCGAUACUCUUCCAGCAGUCCGUGCUGUGGGCCCUCUCCCUUUGCCCCAGCACGCGGGAGUGUCAGCCGACCAGCUAAGCGUAAUCCAGAGCUUCUUCGAGGAAUGCGGGCCUGAGGCCGCAGACUUCGCUUAUGCUGCCAGGCAGGCCGUCUCUGAGUUCGAGUGUGCUAAUACAGCCACCAGAGACGCGGCCCUCGCAGGGUUGGACUGCGAGGCUGCCGCUCGAUUUUGUGAGAUCCUCCUCAAUGCGGGAGUCUCUGUCUGA